CGUGACCCCAUACGCAUGCUCAGUGAAGUUACAGUAUCCAUGCAGUGUUGGGCAACUUAAAAUUGGCCCCUAAAACUACCAAAGAGAAGGUUUUUAGUCAAAUAUCUAUACUAAAUAAACACUAUAACACAUUAUGGCUCUUAAAAGGAUAAGCAAGGAACUGUCUGACCUUGGCAAAGACCCUCCCGCUCAAUGCUCAGCUGGACCAGUAGGAGAAGAUUUAUUCCACUGGCAAGCAACAAUAAUGGGUCCGCCUGACAGUCCUUAUCAAGGGGGGGUAUUUUUCCUAACCAUACACUUUCCAACAGAUUACCCUUUCAAACCUCCAAAGGUGGCGUUCACAACGAAAAUCUAUCAUCCAAACAUCAACAGCAAUGGCAGUAUCUGUUUGGAUAUACUCAGGUCACAGUGGUCGCCAGCUCUCACUAUCUCAAAAGUGCUUUUAUCUAUCUGUUCCCUUCUCUGUGACCCGAACCCAGAUGACCCACUUGUUCCAGAAAUAGCACGAAUGUUCAAAUCAGACCCUGGCAAGUAUGUUUCAACGGCAAGGGAAUGGACGAAGAAGUAUGCCAUGUGAUAGGCGGUUAUGGAGAGGACACGAUUUACCAAAACGACUGCAUCUGCAGUAGGAGUAAAAUGUCACCAGUCAUGGACAUUUUGUAGCAUUGUGAAUGUUUGGAGUAAACCUCUCUAGGACGUUAGCUAAAAUGGGAAUAUCCUUGUCAUGACAUUUUCACCCCACUCCUUCCCAGAGAGGCUUAUUCUGAGUGAGAACUCUUCCAUUUUGUUGGUCAUUUGUUUCAUAGUAUCCAUUUAUCAAUGGUAUUUGUGAUAAUGGAAAAAAUUCUUCAACUUUGAAUUAAAUUUGCAAACAAAUGAUCACACCAAUGUUACAUUUCUUUGAAAUAUUAGCAUGUUUAUUCCUGGCUAAAAAGGUGAAUAUCCCUCGAAAUUUAAUGUUAUGUGUGUAUUAAGUAAUUCUGCUGGCAAGUGAAAGUGCUAUUGAUCAAGGCUAUAGUGCUAUGAUGAAGAACCUAUAUUAUCAGUCAGGUGGCCUGUUGGGAUGCACAUUUUGAUUGCUUGUGUAUUAUUAGUCAGUGUCAUGUCAAAAUUAUCAUAAUUGUUAACCUGAGUUUCUACUGUGUUCUUUGCGCACCGAUCAUACUCUAAAUGUUUUUUACAUUAAUUUUAGAAAUAAAUUUGCAGUAUCUUUUGGCACAGUUAUUAACUAUCAUCUGGAACCCUUCUGAUCCAAGAUUUCAAAGGGCAUUGGCGCCAACUUUGUGUCUAUCUGAUGCUACAGGAUAGAAUUUGAACGUAAUUACUGUCACUCAGAAAGACUAGUCAAGAGAGAAAGGAAACAAAUUAUUAAGAAAAAUCAGAUGUUAGGGAGCAGAUAGCAUGAUCAGUUGGUUGUUUGGAUUCAGGUGUGGUUAUGGCUAUAGAGUUUGAACUUCGUAUUACCAGCUGUGAUGAGAUAGACCUGAUACAUACGUCUGAAAAGGAAUGGUUGAUAGGUUAAGGAUGGCUAUUUAAAAAAGUCAUAUUAAAGUAGCUGCAAUCAGUUAUAUACUGUACAGCUGUCUGUAACCAUUUUAACAGGUUUAACUUUGAAACUGCAUUUUAAUGACAGGGAUGUAAUGUAUAUUAGCUCACCUGAACUUAGUUCCUGUGAAUGUAUGUCAUGGCCUGUUUGUCGUUUGUCAUCUUCGUUAGGAAGCUGAAUGCAUGUUCCUGCCAAUAUGACAUAAACGUUUGUUAUUAAUAUUCAUUUACAGGUAGAAUAGGUCUUCAGCAAGCCAUGCUUACCGUAAAACGCGACUAUGCUUGUCGUAAGAGGCGACUAAUGGGAUCAGGUGGUCAGGCUCGCUGACUUGGUUGAUGCAUGUCAUCGUAUCCCAAAUGCGUGGAUUGAUGCUCAUGUUAAUCACUGGAUUGUCUGGUCCAGCCUUGAUUAUUUACCGACCACCAUCAUAUAGCUGGAAUAUUGCUGAUUGUGGCAUUAAAGAACAUAUAUAGGGUCGUUUUUAAAAAAUGAAAAUUGAUUAAUAUUUAUGGAAUAUAUAACUUGAUAGAUCCCCUGGAAGCACUUGAGAGAUGAAGCUAAAAUGUGGCAAUAACUCACCAGGUAAUCAGUUCAAAUUUUGAUCAAUUGGGUCAGGAGAAAUUAGGUUUUUUUUAGUUUUAGUUUCAUGGCUUUGUAAAUGACACUAGAUGGAAAAUUAGUGUUUACAAAAUUGUGAUAAUUUAUCCAGUCUUUUUGUCAAGAAAUAAAAAAUAUCUUGGUAUUUUUACAAAAACCCAACAGUGUUUAAUCUUGUGUGAAAGGACACAAGACUAUUACGCAUGAUUUAUAAACACAUGUGGAUGAGUGAAUAGAGUAUUGCAGUUGUGUACCUGACUUUGAAUGUUCAUACUGUCCUGGGAAAACACCUGGUUUCUUUGUGAUUAGAUUUAUAGAUAUCUGGUUGAGCUACAGUACCAUGACAGGUGCUUUUAUGAUUGAAUCAAGGCAUCAUAAUAAGCAUUAUUGCAAAUUCUCAUCUUUCUUCUCAUCAUCAGCCAAACUUAUUUUUUUAAUUUUUAUUGAAUCUUGAAAUCAAUUGAUAAUUAUCCUUUGGAAUUCUAUUUGCGAUAUUUUACUUGUGUGUUUUUCAGAGAAAUGUCAAGUGAAAAUAUAGACAGGUGAGCUACAGGUCCUUGGCACUGUUUUUCUUAUUGUGCCUUUGAAACAGUACUCCUUAAUCUAAACAGCUACGAUACUAAAUAGCCCACAGUACCUUAUGAAAUUCGUUAAAUGUUGAAUCACAUUAAGUUCGCAAAUUAUUUUAAUUGAAAUAGUUUAAUUGGCUGAGAACAUGUUUCUAGAAUCAGAACCAACUAAUCCAGUUAUCAGAUACCUAAUAUCAGCGUUAGAAAUUGGCACUAGUCCUGUAGUCCUUGCCAAACUGCCCAAUAGUUAAGGUAUCAUAAGGACUUGUAGAAAUUUGCCAUUUUUAAAGGUUUUGCUAUAUGUUAUCAUUAUAAGGACUAGUGGACUAAAUAUGUUAGUUUCUACCCCUGAAUAUGUGACUAGAAUCUGAAAAAUUAUUAUUCCAAAUUGACGCAAUGAUUCUAAGUUCCUCUUAUGAUAAGCAUUUUUGUGAAUGUCCCCAGUUUUCAGUCAAGCUUGGCAAAAUGGUUACUGACAUGCCAUCCUUUCUUUGCGUGUCGCCACCACAUUUAAUUCAGUGUGGUAAGGGUAAUGAUAUGCUCCUGGUUGGAAUGAAAUGUGCCGAACCAGGACCCAUGUUGAUGUGUUAAGGUAAGAGCCACCCUGAUAAAUCCAUUUGGCCAUAUGUACAGUGGGGGGUCUUGUGUAUGAAAACGUUUAUAUUGCAAUAAAAGUGUAAAUUUC